UGUUGAAAACACAGUGAAAGCAAGGCUGAGACCAUCUUUGUCACUAGCUGCCAACUUGGAUGGUAUUGUAAAUAGUUUCCUAUGUCUUUAUUUAUUUUAUUAGAACUUUCAACACUGCCAAUCUGCAGCAUAUCUGGUGUUACUCUGGGAUAGAAGGAAUGGCCCCGCUUCCCCUUCUUUCCUCUUAAUUGUCAUCUUUUAAUAAGUUCCUCUCUGAAAGAGAGAGAGAGAGAGAUCUAGAGCGAGAGGGCCGGCGAGAGAGAUGGGCUCUCCUGGGUGGUACUGCAUAUUUCUCUUCUUCUUUCUUCUAUCUUCUCAUUCAGCCAGGCACGGCGUCAAUGCAGCACCAGCAUCACAAGAACGGCAGCAAGAGUAUGACAAGAUAAAAUCACUUCCAGGGCAGCCGCCGGUGAGCUUUGCUCAGUAUUCCGGCUACAUCACGGUCGACAAGAAGCACGGAAGAGCUCUCUUCUACUGGUUAACGGAGGCCGCCAUAGACCCCACUGCCAAACCCCUAGUCCUGUGGCUUAACGGAGGACCUGGUUGUUCUUCCAUAGCAUUCGGUGCAUCCGCGGAGGUUGGCCCCUUUCGCAUCAAGAAAAAUGGUUCAGCUCUUUAUUUGAACAAAUACUCUUGGAACCGAGAGGCAAACAUCCUCUUCCUUGAAUCACCAGCGGGUGUUGGAUUUUCUUAUACCAAUACGAGCUCUGACCUGGCUGGGUUUGGAGAUGAACGUACAGGUAAAUUUACCUCUUUGUUGAUUCUGUCUGUUUAUAAACGAUUUACUCUUAUUAUUUUCAUUAUUAAUGUGCUUCCAUAUAUCGUGACAAAAUCUUCAGCUAGUGAUUCGUUGACCUUUCUACUGGGAUGGCUGACAAGGUUCCCUCGCUACAAACACAGGGAUUUCUACAUUGCGGGGGAAAGCUAUGCAGGGCACUACAUACCCCAAUUAGCAAAGAAGGUUCACGACUACAACAAGGUCACCAAAAGCAAUCUCAUCAACCUCAAGGGUUUUCUUGUGGGGAAUCCAGUGAUGGACAGCAACUAUGACAAUAUAGGCACAGUAAACUACUGGUGGAGUCAUGCACUCAUCUCUGACGCCACCUACAAAUCUAUACUCAAAUUCUGCAACUUCUCACGUCCAGCUGACCGUACAGAAAAGUGCAAUGACAUCAUUGAGCAUGCUGCUACCCAUGAUUUUGGGAACAUUAACCCCUAUAGUAUUUAUACACCAUCUUGUCCAACAUCAUCUAAAAGCAGGUUGUCCGGGAUUCUGCUAAAGAACACUUUGAUUGGGAGCCCUACUUAUGGAUAUGAUCCUUGUUCUGAGAACUAUGCAGUACAAUACUACAACAGGCUCGAUGUGCAACGAGCGAUGCAUGCGAAUACAAGUGGUAUACCAUACAAAUGGACAACCUGCAGUGAGGUGCUAACACAGUGGAAAGAUUCUCAAGUUUCAAUGCUGCCCACUUACAGGGAACUCAUCAAAGCUGGUCUUCGAAUUUGGGUUUUCAGUGGAGAUGCAGACUCAGUGGUUCCAGUGACUGCAACGAGGUUUUCUCUGAGUCACCUCGGCCUCCCUGUGAAGAUUCCUUGGUACCCAUGGUACUCUGAUGGCCAGGUGGGAGGAUGGACAGAGGUGUACCAAGGUCUGACCUUUGCUACUGUGAGAGGAGCCGGGCAUCAAGUUCCAACUUUCCAAGCAAAGAGGGCAUUCUCCCUCUUCAAGUCAUUCUUGGCCGGAAGAACGCUCGCCGGUGUUGGCAUGGCUGAAGGUGGCCGUCCUUAGAACGUUUCUCAUUUUUUCAGAUACAGAGAAAGCGUUAGUCGUCCUCCUUGAGGACUUGUGAGUGCAAGAAGUAAUUAUUUACUGUAAGAUUGUUUCUUUAUUGUUAUUCUAAGAAUGACUUUCAGAGUUCCGGAUACGAACAGCCACAGUUCUACUGAUAAUUUGGAAUAAGGCCUGCGGUUAAGCUUGUGAUGUUGAAAAAUUUGAGAUCUGAUCUCUCCAUUUUAAAAUGCAUAAUUUCAUCUCA